AAUAAUUCCUUUUUCUUUUUCAUUUUUUCCCUUUCGUUGAGGUUGAACAAAAUUUGGGGGAGGGUUUUACAGGAAAACACCCAAAACCCCACCGGACAUCUCUCUCUCUCUCUCUCUAGUCGAAGACGGGAACUAGUCACAGCUUCGUCGACAAAUCAAUCGAAAUUUCAUAUGCCAGAAAUCUGGAGAAUUUGGGGAAAACUGCAUUGUGAUGAACUGCUUGUUUCGUGCAUGUUCUGCGGCUAUACUUUCAAGGACUGGUGAUUUUGUUGGUAGGAGUUCAUGCUGUGGAUUCUCUGUUCCCACAUGGAAAACAAGAUUGAAUUAUGUUGGUAUUAAAACUGUGAAUUUGGAGCUUUUGUUAAUACGGUUGAGAGCUCAGUGCUAUUCCACUGGAAAGGAAGGUGGAAGUAAGUCUCGUUCAAAAAAAUUGGAUCCUAUACCAGUCAUGGAACAAGAGAAGGAUGCAUUCUUUGUUGUACGGAAGGGGGAUAUUGUUGGUGUUUACAAGAGUCUUAGCGAUUGUCAGGCUCAAGUUGGAUCUUCGAUAUGUGAUCCUCCUGUCAGUGUCUACAAAGGAUACCGUAUGCCUAGGGACACCGAGGAAUAUGUUCUCUCUUGUGGGCUCAAGAAUGCUCUUUAUUCCAUCAAAGCUGCAGAUCUAAAAGAGGAUAUUUUUGGUCCUCUUAUGCCUUGCCCAUUUCAGCAACCAUCUUCUUUCAGAGGAGAAACACCCGGCAAGGAUGUAGGGAAAAAGAGGUCGCAGGGAUUGCUGGGAGCAGAAAUGUGGGAAGCAACUGGAUUACCAUCCUUCCCAGACGAACCCUUGAGAAAGAAUAUCAAACUAGAGCCUGGUGUCAUGACCCGAGUUCAAUCUUCUGGUCGCUCUUGUAUUGUUGAGUUUGAUGGUGCCUCAAAAGGAAAUCCUGGUCAAGCUGGUGCAGGAGCUGUACUGCGAGCUGAUGAUGGCAGCAUGAUUUGUAGAUUGCGUGAAGGUUUGGGCAUAGCGACCAAUAAUGCUGCUGAAUAUCGAGCCUUGAUUCUAGGGAUGAAAUAUGCACUCAUGAAAGGGUUUACAAAUAUCCGUGUUUUGGGGGACUCCAAGCUCGUUUGUAUGCAGAUUCAGGGUUUAUGGAAGGUAAGACACCAAAACAUGUCCGACUUGUACGAGGAGGCAAAGAAACUGAAGGACAGGUUUCUUUCGUUCGAGAUUAAGCAUGUGCUCCGGGAUUUAAACUCGGCGGCUGAUGCUGAAGCCAACCAUGCUGCUUGUCUUGCUGAUGGUCAAGUAGAGGAGAUUGAUGGGUAGUAAACGAAUGGAUGUAACAAUUCAUCAUAUCACAGAAAACAUGGACAAUAAUGGUUUACAAUUGUUUUCUGAACUCAAUGUUCAUUCCAAUGAAGCAGGAAGCGUCAACCAUUUUGGAGGAAUCUUGACAAGGUUUUGAAGUUGGUGCCUUGAGAGUUUCGUGCCCGUGAUAUCAUCAGCAUUCUUGAACUACUUUCAACAAAAUGUCGUUGCCUUGUUGAUGAUGUAGUUUUCUGCACUCGAGUUUGGCUGGCACCAGUGAAAUAAGUUUUUGUUAUUUAGUUUCCAAUUUUUCUGUGGUACAAGGGAACUCAAAAUAUACCAGCAAUUUGGACCCCCUUUGCAGAAGCUUAUGAAGAAGUUCUUUCACUGUAUUCCUCCAAUUAUGUAAACUGAAUUGAUGAUGAGUAUUUUGCUGUGCAAUCAUUUGCCUUAGCGA